GUGAAGGGUAAGCCGGGUAUAAAACCCAGUGACUAAGUAUCACGGGCCCUCCUUUCUAACUAUCCGAGCUCAAGUUCAUGACUAAAAAUGGGUUUGUAAAAAAAGAAGGAAAGAAAACACCCUUGACCACCAAGGACUGCCUCUUCCUGAAAGCCCCUGUUCACAUAAAUACAGGAAGUCGCAAAGACAGAAGCUGCUAAAAACACAUUUACUUGGAAGUUUAUUCUCAUUGCGGAGCCUCCAGUCUUUUGGAACAACGGCAGCCAAAGCUCAGGUUUCACUUGUGUUGAAUUUAUAAUCUGCCUAAAAUGUAAGAAGUUAAAAAAAAGGAAGGUGGGGGGUGCGCUACCCUUGAAGGGCGUGGAAGCUUUGUGAGGAAAUGCCUGCCAAGGUAUAACUUUUUUCAUGAGGGAAAUCUAAAGGGAUUCUGAAGGGAGAAGCACCUCCAUGGUCUAGCUGUGAAGAUGAAAGCAUCAGCGGGAAAGCAGGGAACUGGGCCUGCCACAGAUACUGAUGAAGCAGAGGAAGAGAAGACACAGCCGGGCCAGCCUACUGUUCUGAGGAAUUGCUUUUCCACACCAGGCAUCAGUGUCCUUGAGAAACUCAUCAAAACGUGCCCAGCUUGGCUUCAGCUAAGCAUCACUCAGGAACAGGCUGCUGAGAUUCUUUGCAAGGAACCACCAGGGAUAUUCAUGGUUAGGAAAGAUGAGAACCUGAAAAACCUACUUCUCUCAGUUCACUUUCCAGCCCAGACAGAGACUUCUGAGGUCCUGGAGUACAAACUUAAAGAAGAAAAAUCAUUACUGUACCUGGAAGGAUCCCUUCUAGUGUUUGAAGACAUCUUCAGACUGGUUGCGUUCUACUGUGUCAGUAGAGAUUUGCUUCCCUUUACACUAAGACUGCCACAAGCAAUAUUGGAAGCUAAUACUAUUACAGACCUAGAAAUCAUCUCUAACCUGGGGAUAGGUUUCUGGGACUCCUCUUUAAAUCAAAAGCGAGGAGGAAGAUUUCACAACUCUGUGAAAGGUCCUGCUUUCACCACAGCCCAGGCAAAAACAGUUAAAAAAGCCAGCCAGUGUUUUGCAAGCAGCACAAACAAUUGUUCAUGUGAAAUUGAGCUGGCAAUAGGAAAUGACAGGUUGUGGUUUGUAAAUCCUAUUUUUAUAGAAGAGAGAAGCAAUCAGUUUCCCCUGGAUGUUCCUCCACCAGAGAGCUUCAGGGAGAGUCCUUAUAGCAGAGACACUACUGUGGCAAAGCCUCUUAAGUUAUCUCCCAGCCAUCGCGCUCCUCCUCCUCCACCACCGCACCCAGCCAUUGCCCUCCUCCGCCGCUCUCCUCCUCCUCCACCACCACCUCCUCCUUCUCUUCCACAUGCUGUGAAUUUGAAGCAGCCCAAGGACUCUCUCAUGACCACUUCUGAAGAGGACCACCUUCAGGAUCUGGAGAAGAACAAAAAGGAAAUGAAAACCGAAAUCAACAAUGAGAAGGAAGAUGGAGGGCGAAAGCCCUUUUCUCCUGGUGACCCUUUAUCCACAUCCUUAAAGAAACAUGUUCCUCCUCGCAUUCCACCAAGGAGAUGUUUCUCUGAAAGAACGUCAGGAAAAGGCUGUUUGGAUACGUUUGGGAGAUGUUCAGCGCCAGGAGUGGGACAGGCAGAAAAAAAGAGUGUUGGGACUGAAAACUCUCCUAAUGAUUUUCAACAUAUUGACACUCCAGAGGUGAUUGAGGAAGCCGCAGAGAAAGGUCCCUUACAGUGCCCAGAAUCAAAGCCUGAUGCCGAGAGCAAGAAAAAGCUGCCUGAGCUAGAGAGGAAGCCCUCGAAGAAGCCAACGGGACCUCCUAUUCCACCCCCAAGGAAGAAGAAACUCUCAAGAGAGCCAUCCUCUGCCAGCUCUACCCAUUCAAAGCAAAUAAACAUUGAUGAGUUGGAAGUGUGCCAUCCAGAAGAAGAGGACACAUGCCCAGCAGGAAAAAAAAUCUCCAGCGCAACAAAAAGGGAAUCGAAAUCUGUCCGUAAGCCUGUCAGCUUAUUAUUUCGUGAAAGUUCUCAUGACUCACUGGAUGGUCCCUUAAGCAACGCAAGAGCUCAGACGCCUGCCUCUGAGCCAGACUCCUAUUCCACAAGUAGCACCGAGGAUGAGCUGGAGAACAUAACCAGUCCUUCCGUGAAGAAAAGCCGCUCCAUGAUCUUAGGCAGGGCCAGGCACCGCCUGUCCAUGGUCAGCCUGAGUAAUGUUUUCACGGCUUUCCUGUCAGCCGACAGAAAGCUACAGAAGAAGAUCGUGGAGCUAGCCCAGGUCAAGGACUCUUACUUUGGCAACUUGGUGCAGGACUAUAAAGUGUAUAGCCUGGAGAUGAUGGCCAGGCAGAGCUCCAGCACCGAGAUGCUGCAGGAGAUCCGUUUAAUGAUGACGCAGCUGAAGAGCUACCUAAUACAAAGCACGGAACUGAAAGCUUUUGUUGACCAGACUGUUCACUCAGACGAGCAACUAGAGGUGAUCAUCGAGUCAGCUCUGCACAAAUGUGUCUUGAAGCCUUUAAAAGAGGCCAUUGAUACUUACUUAAGGGAAAUCCACAACAAAGAUGGAUCCUUCAAGCUCCUCAAGGAAAACCAGCAAGUCAUUCAAAAUACGACUACCACUGACUUGGGAGUCACCACCAGUGUGCCUGAAUCUUCAUUGCUGGAUAAAAUCCUACAUAAACUCUCAAGCAUGCACAAGGCUUAUUCUCCAGAGAAAAAGAUCAGCAUCCUCCUGAAAUCCUGCAAACUCAUCUAUGACUCGAUGAGUCAGGGAAACCCAGGGAAGCCUUAUGGGGCAGAUGACUUCCUCCCGGUGCUGAUGUAUGUCCUGGCCCGCAGCGACCUGACGGAGGUGCUUCUGAACGUGGAGUACAUGAUGGAGCUCAUGGACCCUGCUCUGCAGCUGGGUGAAGGUUCAUAUUACUUAAUCACUACCUAUGGAGCAGUAGAGCUGAUCAAGAGCUACGACAAGAUCACUGUCACCCGGCAGCUGAGCAGUGAAGUUCAAGAUUCCAUCCAUCGCUGGGAAAGACGGAGAACUCUGAACAAGGCUCGGGCAUCCCGGUCGUCUGUGCAGGAUUUCAUCACAAUCUCCUUUAUGGAGGCUGACACCCAAACAAGGACACUGGCCUACCGGACUGAUUCAACCACUCACCAGCUGACUCAGCAGUGCGCUGAUAAGUUUGAAGUCUCAGAGCCUCUGAACUUUGGACUGUUCCUUUACAUGGAUGACCAGAUCCUUCAGCUGGAUGAUGAUGCCCUCCCUCACCGUAUCAAAUCACACCUCCUGAACAAAGAGCCCAAGCCAAAUUUUCACUUUAUUUAUAAGCCAGUGGACAGCGAAGAGACACCAGUGGCCAUUAUCAAAGAGCCAGAUGCUUUAUAAUCACAGGACUGCUCCAUUGCAUCCGUCUCAUUCGAAUGUUUCUUCUUGCAGAAAUCUGAGCUCCACCAGUAGCAGAAGCACACUGAAACUCAAGUGCUGAUCUGAACGGUGAUGAGACAACAGGCGCAGCCUUCCUCUAGGGCAUUUUCUCAUUUGCCACAGUAAACAGAAUAUUCCAAACCAAGGUCUCCCUUGGAAGAACCUGAAUCAUUAGAACCUCAAUGCAUGAGCAAAUGAUGUGGCCGUAAAGCCAGUGACCCGGGUACAAAAUAGUUGUGCAUUGAAAUGAGAGAGAGCCGGAGCUAUGGGAAAAUGCCUUGGGUGUAACAUGGCCUACAGUUUGUGAGUUGUUGCCAUUUAAAUGGGGCAUCUGCUUCUGCAGGGCUGGUCAACUGCAUCUCUCGCUCUGUGUGCAUAAAAUGUGGCACACGCAGCACAAAACUCAACCUAGACGGCCUGGAUGUGUGAAGAGGAACUCUUGUUUGCUCUACAGCUCAGCACAUUGUCUGCAGCUUGUAUCUUUAGUAGGGAUGUGCACAGAACCACGGCGGGGCCAUUCAAAGGCGGCGGGGGUGCCGCUUUAAGGGCAGGGGAGGGCGUGUGCGUGUGCGCGACGGGUGCAUAUACACCUGGUACUUCCGGCCACUUCCAGCCAAGGAGGGGGGAAGGGGCGGCAGGGAGGUACGCUGCUGCUCCGAAGGCUUUUAACAGCAACAAGCGCCGGCGGGGGAAAAGCGGCGGGAGGGCUAAGUGCACCCUCCCCUGCCCUUAAAGCGGCACCCCCAGCCUCAAACUUAAAAAAAAAACCCAAUAAAUGGGCCUCCGAACAGGUUCGUGCACAUUCCUAAUUUUUUGUCGCAGUGCAAAAAGUCUCCUAACAUCACAUGAUGUACCCAUUGUGCUGAUUUGCAGGUUGCAUUGGACUAAUUGGUUACUCUCCCCACCCCCAUCCCUUGCCUGUUUUGGAGAACAGAGAGACAACUCACAGAAUUUGGCAGCAGCCACUUGUCAUGAUCCAUUUGGCCAGGGGGGUCUCAAAUCUGGGUCCCCAGCUGUUGUUGGACUACAACUCCCAUCAUCCCUCAGCCACAGUGGCCUCUGUGGCUGGGGCUGAUGAGAGUUGUAGUUCAGCUUCUUCCAACCCAGGUUUGGGAACUCGUGCUUUAGGUAUAUUGAGCAGCAGUUCUGCUCGCCGAAGUCAUAGCCGCUUAACCUUGUGGGUGCUGGCACACACCACUGACAUGAUCAGAACAAAAGCUAAAUGAUGGGGCGGAAAUGAGAAAACCCGGAGCCCAAUGUAAUUUGAGAAUCAGCCUGCAAGGGCCAUCCUUUGCAGUACUGGGAUACAUCAGGGGGUGGCCCGAGGUAUUAUGAUGCCUGCAGCAAGGCACCAAAUGCUGCCUUGCCCCACAACCCUGGUAGGGGCCAGUCCACUUUCAAAACCGGCCCAGCAAGCUUUGGAAGUAUCAUGGGGAGGAGGGGAGGUUGCCAGCAGCCUUCUAGAGUCUGUGUGCCUCUCGCACACAGAGGAGGGGAGGCACUUCUUGUAAAGCUUACAAGAGUCCGAUUGAUUCUGAUGAGCUGCUCUGAUGGCAGUGAGGGGAACAACUUGCUGCCCUGCUGAUGCCCCAUUAUUCUGCCACCUGAGGCAACCUCCUCACCCCACCCCAUGAAAAGGCCGCCUUGUGGUGCACCUAGAACCAAAACAAGCUACUACUUUGCUAAAGGGCAUUUCCAGACGAAGGGACAUUCCCUUUGAAAGUGGAAGCUGUUCUUACUUUCUGUCCAGAUGAGAACAUCUCUGGCGCUCCCUUUUGUGCUGCAUAUUAAUCAUUUUAAAUGUAUCCUAAAUGGGCUGUUCAGAUUGCUGACUUCCUCCACACGCAAUGACGCAGUGCUACCAUUUGUGGGAAAUCCGGGAUGAAAGUCAGACUGCUUUUAAAGUCGUCUCCAAAGGUGUGACUUUCAUCACGGGUGCUGCUGCAUAAUGGUGUGUGGAGGGAGUCAGCAGUCUAAACAACCCAUUUACAGUAGUUUGCCAUUGCUAACAUGUAGCACAAAAGGAAGCCCUGUAAUCUGGACAGAGAGUAAGCAAGCACAAGAGCUUCCAUUUUCAGAUGGAAGGCAGCUCUUCUGGAAAUGCCCAGAGAGGGAGCUGCUGUGAAGUGAAUCCAAUCUGUCUGAAAGUACGGUCUCCAUCCAAAACAGAAAAUCUUCCCUGUUGGUCCUGACAGCCGCCUCGCCAUUUUCCAAGGCACAUGCUCAUGGCUAGACUAGUGGAUAUGCCACAAUUGUUGAGGAAAGUGUGCUUUGUGAAAACUUGAAAUCAACCCAUUGUUGACUGGUCCACUGACGAGCCAAGAUGGAAGCUAUUAUGGGCCGAUUUAGUGAUGUCUCAAAAUGCUUUUUCGAUCGCCAGGUUAUGCGCAUCUCCCGACAAUGCAUUUGAAGUUUUAAAAUGUCACCCCUGCCUUUGAUCUCAAGAAGCAUUUAAUCAAAUUUGUGUGGCAAGAGCACCUCUUUAAAUGCAAAUAUAUUUAUUUUCCUGUAUUAUACUGUGUAUUUGAAUAUAAGGUCUACUUCAUGGAGGCAGCAUAAACAAAGACUUUGGGAGGACCCAUGUGCUCACACAGCAACUUCAGUUUAGUCCUCCUAAGCAGCUCAAAUAAAGGAACUCAGGGUCACUGGAUGACCUUUCAACCA